AUGUACAUCACUCUCUACUACCUCGUCACCCGGCUCCCUCACUCCCUUCGCUCGGUCAGGGACCACUUCCUCUCCCUUUGCCCCACCAAGCUCACCGUUGACCUCCUCGAGGAGCGCCUCCUUGCAGCUGAGAAGAGUAUAGUCGCUGUAGAAGCCUCUCGUGGUGACCCUCGUGCCCCUUUCUUUGAGGGGUGCUCCCCCGUCCCUCUAUCGCCCUCUGUUGUCUCUGCUGCUGCUGUCGACCUCGUUGGCACCGAGUCGGUCGGCGCUGCGUCUGCUCCUAGUGGGAGGCACCGCAGCGGCAGAAGCAAGGAGGGCAAGGGUGCUGGAGGAGACGACGGGGGCGGCGGUGGUAGCGGUGGAGGCGGCGGAGGGGGUGGGGGUGGAGUGGGGAGACGUGCGGAGGACCGCACGUCACGCACCGCUGUUUCGGCCGCCUGA